UUAUUGUAAUAGAUGAUAUUUGGGAUACAUCAGAGUUGGGAUUGAAAUCAUCACCUCUACGAGAAAACACAGUAAUGAAAGCAUGGGAAUUAGAUGAUAAAGAUGAGAAAGAAAGCAAUGAAGACCAACCCGAGGAAGGGAUCAAAGAAGAUCACAUCGAAAAGAGAAACGGAGAGGAUUGGGGGGAAAAAGAAAUAAAUGAAGAUCAAGCAAAGAAAGAAAAUAACAAAGAUCAGAGAAUGGAAGAAAUCAAGAGAGGUAAAUCCGAGAAAGAAAGUAAUGAUGAUCACACCAAGAAAAUAAGUAAUGAAGAUCAAGCCAAGGAAGAAAGCAAAAAAGAUGAGGCCAAUAAAGAAUUCGAGAAUAAUGUUUAUAUAGGAAGCAAAGAUGAUCUAACAGAGAAAGAGAUCGAUGAAUAUCGGAUAGAGAUGGACAUCAAAGAAGAUCAGGCUAACAAAAUAAGCAAAAAAUAUCGUGCUGAGCAAAAAGAUCUUUCCAAGAAAGAAGGGCCAAAAAAUCAAGUCAUGAAACAAAGCAAUGAAGUUCAAGCCGAUGAAAGAAGCAAAGGAGGUCAUGCCACGAAAGGAUAUAAAGAAUAUGAGGAAAAAAAAGUAAUCCUUGAUUAUCGAACCCAUGACCAAAACAACGAAUACGAUGGCCAGAAAAAAAGCAACGAAGAUAAAGAGAAGCAAGUAAGCAAAGAAGGUCAGGCCCUGGAAAGGACCAAAGAUAAUGCCAAGAAAGGAAGCAAAGAAGACUGGGCAGAGCUAGAAUCUAUUGUAGAUCAGACAGACGUAGCAAUGAAUGAUGAUAAGGCCCAGCUGAUAGAAAGCAAAGAAGAUGAUGCUGAGAAAGGGAGUCAAGAAGACGAGACAGAAAAAGAAAGCCAAGAAAAUGAGGAUCCGGCCGAGAAAGAAAACGAAGACAGGUUACUCAAUUUCCUAGAUGACUGGGAAUUUAAAUCAUGGACUAUCUCAGAAUAUAAAAAGAAAGAUUGGGAAAUCAUCAAGGACGCUUUUCCUGAUGACGGGUGUGGCAGUCGAAUAAUCGUAACAACACGCAUCUCAAGCAUAGCUCGAUUCUGCUGUUCUAGUACCUCUAAUGGGCUUGUGCAUGAGGUUAAGCCUCUGAAUGACGUGGAUUCAGAAAGGUUGUUUCUCACAAAAGCUUUUGGCUCCGAGAAUGGUUACCCGGCAGCAGACGAUUCAAGGCAAGCUCGUGAUGAAAUUUUGAGGAUAUGUGAAGGUAUACCCAUGUUCAUAACCGGAAUGGCUGACUUGAUGAAGAAGAAGAUGCAGCAGAGCUCCAGUGGUUGUGACUUGCAACAUGUUCCCCAACUAGUCAAACAAUUCGAGAAGGAAAUGUCCUACAGUUACAACGAUCUCUUCUACGGGUUGGAGUUACUGCCGCUGUGCAUGAGUGCAGCACUUGUACACCAGAAGGGGUGCAUGAUUGACAAGGAGCGUCUCAUCAGAGCAUGGGUACGUGAGGGGCUAAUCUAUUCCGAUCACUGGGGAGACUGCGAGGAGAAAGCAGAGCACUGCUUCUCUGAGCUCGUCGACAGGAACAUCAUCCGGCUGGUGACAUUCCCUGGCAUGACGGAGGCCUGCCACUGCCAGGUGGACCCCUUCGUGCUCCAGUUCCUCGUCUCCAAAUCAGCCAAGGUGAACUUUGUUACUACGAGCAGCCAGCAGGCAUCAGCAGGAAAGAAGAGCCGGAUGAAUUUGUCUGCUCAUCACCCAGAGAUGCUAGAAAAUAUGAAUUUAUCUUCCACACUCUCGUUGACCAUCUCCGGCGCAGCCCAAGGGGUUUUGCUCGACAAGGUCACGCUGGGCAGUCUGGUGGUGCUAGAUCUUGAAGGCUGGAACAAUCUGACAGACGACGACUUGCUGCGGGUGUGCGACAUGGGCAAGCUUCUUCCUCUCAAGUAUCUGAGCGUGAGGAACACGAGCAUCACCAAGCUUCCGACGCAGAUCCAGGCGCUGCUCCAUCUGCGGGAACUGGACAUUGGCGGCUGCACGCGGAUAUGCGAGCUCCCUCUGCAGGUAUGCAGGUUAGAAAAGCUUGAGGCGUUGGACCUGAGGAACACCCGGGUAAGGCAGCUCCCAGAGCAGAUCAAGUGCCUGCAAGGGCUGCGGCGGCUGCUCCUUGAUCAGCUCGACGGCGUUUCAUGGGCGGAGAUGCAGCAACAGGUACCGGAGGGGAUUAGGCAUAUCGCGGAGCUGCGCACACUGGAGACAGUCGACUUAAGCCGCUGCUCCGCGCGCUUCGUGGCAGAGGCUCUCGGUGGUCUAACCUCGCUCAGGGUGCUCUCCAUGACGUGGUCUCGCCACCAGUGCGCCGAUAUAGCCUACAGAAACGCGCUAUGGCACUCGAUCGGGAGCUGGAAGCGGCUCAAGUCUCUGACGAUCCACUGCCGGCUCGGAUGCUCCAUGGAGUUCCUAGACCCCCUUUCUAGUGGCGACACCCCUCCUCCCGAGAUGCUGGGGAAGUUUAAGGGCAUCCCCCUCCCCGAGGAGCUGGAGAUGCUUAAGGUGACGGCCGGGAGGUUUCCCGCUACCCCUCAAUGGAUAUGGAGGCUGAGCCGCCUCGCGUUCCUGCAGAUCACGGUCUGCAGCCUCGAGCGGAGUGGUAUGGAGAUACUGGGGAACCUGCCCAUGCUGGAGUGUCUCGUGCUAGGCUUGGACUACCUCCCGGGAGAAGCGGCAGUGAUCCCUGACGGCGCCUUCCGUCGCCUUCUGACGCUCUCCAUCGACUGCCGGGUUCCCUGGCUGGAUUUCAAACAUGGGGCAAUGCCGAGGCUGACACACAUUGACAUUAGACUCUCUCGGGUACCUGGGCCGGCACCGGCUAGCCGGGAGGGCGUGCCGUCCGGCAUCGGGAACCUCAUGAGCUUGGAGCAGGUCACCGUUCGCUACCACGCGUGGUACCUCAACAGCGACUGUGUCAAGGCCACCGUCGAUGCUGUGCGGAAACAGGUCGCCGACCUUCACUACUUGGUCAAGCUUGUGAUCAAUGGCAUCCAAGACGAUGUGCAAGCAAUCCUUGAGGGAGAAGGCGAGAGCAGCAGCCCGGCCAUAAACGGUUGAAGCACCGAAAAUGCAUUUUUAGCGGAGUAUUGAGUUAGUGUUAAAUCCCGGCUAGUAUUGAGUUAGUGUUCCG